ACGUAUUUGUUCCAAUUAUCUUCUUCACGAUACUAUAUGCACGUUCCUCGCGAUAACAUACAUAAUUGUAGAAUGCUAGCUCUCUGCGCAAUUGAAUGAAGGGUUCCUUGGUCUUUUUAGACCAAUUAUUUUUCUACCUUGCAUUCUCGCUUUUCGUGGUGUAGUUCGCUUCCCUUUUAUUUGGUUUGUUGAUGUGACUUGAAUCGGACUAUCAGCCGCUACGACUGGUAAUCGGGGGUCUCGCUGUUAUUUGGGUUCGGGUAUUUUGGGCCUGGUCUGUAACCGUUUCCUUUGCUUGAUUGGAUUAGGUUUAGACCCCAAGGUGACCCAAGGUAUUUGACCCCGGGUGACCGGAAUGACCCCGGGGUGGGGUUGUUUCCGUCCAAUAAAAUAAAAUUUUCUUAGGGUCCACCACUAAUAAUAUCCAAAUAAUUCAUUCUUAGAUAAUAAAGAAUUUUAGAUUAAUAUAAUCAUUAUUUUCAUAAGUAAUCACGAUGCAUUUUCAUAUUUUCAAUGUAUCCAACUAAGCAAUCAUUAGCAAAUUGGUGGCAGUACUUUGUUGUUCUCAAUCUUCCCUAAUUCUCUUCUCAAAUUCUUAUCUCAUAUCAUAGAAACUCAUAUUUCUAUAACAUUUUGUCUUAGCUUUUGAAUAGGUACCAAUCAAUGCUGGGAACGGAUUACAAAACUGCAUUGUGAGAUGGAGAUUGCUUGAUCAGAUUGACAAAGAAAAGAACUCAAGACUACAACUUUACAUGCGCUUUUAAGAUAUGGGGAGUAGUACUUAUGUGCAUGGUGGUCAUGAGCUAGAAAUGUUAGUUUUCAGAAAGAUAGACAGAAGAAAGUGCUCCUUUGCUAUUUUGCCUCACUGAUCUCUUUCUUUUGAGCCAUGGAGAAAUGGAGAAAGAACACUGCCUUUCAAUACAACUUCAAUUUAAUUUCUCAUCCAAUUUUUUUGAAUCACCAUGUGGCGUGAGGGCCAGCUCAUGUAUGUCAUGUAAGCAUAAAAAGGCCUAAAACACCCUGUAAGAGCUAGGAAGUCCAACCCCAUCACCGUUAAGUUUAUCAUGGCUCAAGCAGCAACCACGAUGACCGAUGAUAUUCACCAAGAGGAGAUCCGGCAGGGGGAAAACACGGACGGUGGCCGCAAAGGAAUCAGCACCAUGAAGUAUAUUGUUGGUGUUGAAGCAUUCGAGAAGGCGGCCACUGUUGAGUCGACGGCCAGUCUGAAUCUGUAUCUGAUCAUGGCGUUUUAUAUGAAAACGACAACGGCCAACGCACUGCUAAGCGUGUUUAACAGCACCUGCAACGUGGCGGUGCUAGCGGGAGCCCUCCUCGGCGACGCAUAUUUCGGCCACUUCAGCGUCGUCGCCUGUUCGUGUGUGUUCAGUUUCCUCGGCUUGGUGCUUUUGGGGCUGACAUCGAUCCCUGCCCUCCACCCCAACUGCCCACAAGAUCUGGACCACGCGUCAUGUCAAGCGACGACGGCAGGGCAGUCCCUGUUUCUUCUCCUCUGCUUCGGCCUCCUCGUUAUCGGGUCGGGCGGGAUCCGGUCUUGCACCGUUGCAUUCGGAGCGGACCAGCUCGAUUCCGAGACCGAGUCAGAGAGGAAGGCGGUCAGCAAUUUUCACAAGCGCUACAAGUUCACAGUCAAGGCUGUCGUGAUGGUCUCGGGCACGGUCUUCGGUUGGGCCCAAACGGCUAAGAGUUGGUUCUUCGGCCUGCUCGCGCCAGUGCUACUGUUGCUUUGCUCCAUCCUUAUUUUCUUGUGGGUAGAUACAAAGGCAUCUUUUUCAUCGCCAAGCCUUGAGGAAGUCCUUUGCCCAGCGUGGUGCAAGUACUCGUUGCUGCUUUCAGAAAGAGGGGAUUGGAGUUUCCAGCAACAACAGAGUACUGAUCAUCUCUUUGAUUUCUUCCCAGCUGGACUGGACAUCAAUUCCAAGCUUCCCCGUACCACUCAAUUCAGAUUCUUGGACAAGGCAGCCAUUGCCACUCCACACGACGAGCUCAACCAGGAUGGGUCGCCUAAGGAGCCAUGGAGCCUUUGCAGCAUCCAACAAGUGGAGGAAGUGAAGAUCUUGCUGAGGUUGCUCCCCGUAUGGGCAACCUUCGUACCCUUCCAACUUGCCAUAUCCCAGCUCCGAAGCUACGUCGCCAUCCAAGCUCUGCAGUCCGACACCAAACUGUUGGGGUCGAACUUCGAAAUCCCUGCGCCAUUCCACGAUGUCUUCUUCAAGCUUGCUGCCGCAAUUUGGAUCCCCAUCUACGCCAAACUACUCGUCCCGGCAGCACAGAGGAUCACCCGAAAGGAAGGCGGGAUCACGGUGCUUCAAAGGGUUGGGACCGGGCUGUUCCUAGGGGUCGUCUCCUUGGUCGUGGCUGGCUUGAUUGAAGAGAAGAGGAAGAGGAUGGACUCGUCCAUGGGGAGCCUGUGGCUGAUUCCUCAAAUCGCGGUGGCCGGAGUUGCGAAUAAGAUGGCACUCGUUGGAUUGGUGAUCUUCAGCGAGCAGGAGUUUCCGGAGAGAAUGAAAGUUGUUGCUUGGUGGGCGCCGCUCUUCCUUGCUCGAGGGCUUGGAUAUUCCUUUGCUGGACUUUUGGUGUCGGGGGUUCACAAAGGAGGAGGAGACUGGCUUCCUGAUGAUCUGAAUCAAGGCAAGCUGGACUAUUACUUCUACUUGAUCGCUGGGCUGCUACUUAUGAAUUUUGGUUGUUUCAUUUACUGUGCUGGCAAAUACAAGUACCGAUGCCAAGUUGAAGUUAAGCAGGAAGGAGCAACCGAUGUAGCAGAGUAGAUCACUCCUUUUGCUUGUAAUCUUGUGAAACUUGAUGUCGUGCUAUAUGUUCUUAUUAUGGUUUAUGGCCGGUGAUGACUUGAUUUUUCUCUUCAUUAAUGUUGCGGAUGGAUGAAUGGUUUUAUGAAAAGAGCUAGAGAUCAAUUUCCGUGGUUGGACUUCAGCAGCUAAUAAUUAAUUAAUAACGCAAGGAUUGUGCAAGAGCGCAAGGUACAAAGCCAUUGCUUCAAGUGAAAGAUUUGGACGACGCCGCUUGGCUGGGGAGUGGGGAUCGCUCGCCGGAAAGACACCAAGGCGAUUAGAAACGUCGAAUAUGAAGGCGAUUGCUUUGAAGCAGGGGAUAGUUGUCGAGCAGGAAGGAUGCUUCGCUCAUCCCACAGUUGGGAUGGGAGGUUGAGCACGCUCUUCCUUCUCAACUGUUAGUCCAUUAAUUUCUCUUGAGCUUUGAUUAUGUUCCCCGACCGUCGGAGGAAAUUGAGAAUUUGGGUUUUGACUUUUGUGGGAUUUCGGAGAGGGUCGCCUGCCCUGUCUGUAAGAGAGAAAAGAGAAGAUUUAUUCCGACGAGAGGUUUACAUACCUGAAUCCGAUCAUUGCACCGCCACCGCAGACUCUAUUCCUUCCUUCGUGGCCGCUGACGACAGAAUUGCAAAUUGCAAGGGGGAAGGAGGAAAUCCUGCAGGUUAAAAUCAGUUGGCUUGAUUCAUUUUGCUAAGAUCCAGUUUUGCGCUUAGGUUAUAGUUUACGAGAUGGGCCCAAUUCCAACCCAAUACACAGUUGCAUCAGCUCAACCCAGCCCACAUAAACAGAGGAUCGCAUAGACUCCGAAUUAUGGCUCCAUGACUCCAUCCAUUGAUCUUCUUACCCCAACACGCCUGAUAAAUCAGAAUUGCCGAAUUGGUACCUGCUUUUUUCAGUUGGGUUAUUCACCUCACAUUCACAAAAUCACUAUGGUGUGAUAUUUAAAAAAAAAUAUAUACAAGGAUUUAAUAGAUAAAAUAUCAGAAUCUAGAGAUACUCAAUAUAAUGUGUUGUUUGCAUUAUUAUUACUGAUGCUUCUUUGGCCCUUUGUGCAAUUUAUAUUUUCUUUCAAUAAUAUUUGAGGAUUUGAAAAAUAUAUUAAUAGACAUGUGUAGUAUUACUAUAUAUAUAUAUGUGUGAAAAUUUGUGUUAAUGGAAACAUUUGAAUCAUGUCAAUGUUUGUAUUUUCGGAACACUCAUUCGUAAAGCGAAAUGACCUAAAAUUCAACUCUAAUAUUUUGGUUGGGUCAGUACUUGACCCAAAAUCAACCAAUCUGAUAUGACCCGACCCACUACGACCGCGUAACCUGAGAUCACACAAGCCAACAUAAUGGCCAAGUCUAUGAUCACUUGAAGUUGGAACGAGGAUCAUUCCAAGAAACAACACAUUUCUAGUUCUAUGAAAAGUAAAACGGUAACGAGUCGUAUUUAUUAACAUAAAACUUAUGAGCACUUGGAAGGUAAACUUAAUUAAUAUACUCUCGUCUUAAGUAGGGUGUUAUGUUUGGAAAGUAAUUGAUGGCGAUAUGAAAUAGUAGUUAAUGUGGGAGAAGAUAUUGCAACGAUGUGACAACAUAUAUAAAGACUCUAAACGCUUAGAGACAACCUACAGAAAAGAGAAGAGUAGAAUUAGUAGUACUACGAAUUGAUAAGUAAUGGAUACUACUAUUAGUCAGUCCAUCACCAUAUUCCUAAUCACUUUCUUAGUCUUGCUUCCCCAAAACUCAGCCAAAUUCUGGUGGGAAGUUCAUUAUGUCCACAUACAAAACCACCUGAGUGACCCCUCAGCCCAGUUACUAGUGCACUGCAAAUCAAAGGAUGACGAUCUUGAACUUCAUUAUAUUGCAGUAAACGACGAAUUUCAAU